AGAGCUCACCAGAUGCUAUAGGCUACUUUGGCUAUUUAACAAAGUUGUACAAACUCUUCUCUGCCUCCACGCAUAGAUGGGACAUCCUGCUGAAACAUGUCAAAACAACCCUGAAAUCGUGGUCAGAGACCAGAUGGGAAAGCAGGAUAAAAAGCGUUGAGGCAGUAAUGUACCAGGCUGGGCAAAUCAGAGAGGCUCUUCUGGAGGUGAGGGAAACAACUGCAGACCCUGUGUUAGAUGUGGCUGUCGACCUGCUGAAGAAAACAGGAGAUUCCCUCACCUGCUACAGAAGGACUGGAUUUUCUGAUGCACAGACAACUGCAAAGGAGAUGUGUGAGGAGAUGAACGUGGAGUCUGUUCUCAAGCAAAAGCGGUUGAGAUCCACAAAACGGCAGUUUGGUUAUGAGUCUCCAGAUGAGCCUAUUGAUGAUGCACUUAAAAAAAUGGAAAUCACAUUUUUUAAUGUGGUUGUGGAUACAGCCCUCUCUUCACUUGAUGAGAGAUUUCAGCACCUUGAAGAGGUAAAUGACAAGUUUGGAGUGCUCAUCAACUUUCCCACCACAUCAAACGAAGAACUGCCAAAGCACUGUCAAACCCUGAGCUCUGCUCUGACCCAUGAUGGACAACCAGACAUUGAUGGCAGGGAACUUGCUGCAGAAAUGCAAAAUGUUCCACAUUUGCCAUCAAAGAAGAUGACAAACAUGGAACUAUUGACCUUCCUUCAUGAGAAGAAGCUGACAGAAAUGUACCCCAAUUUGUGGGUUGCUCUGAGAAUCUCUGCCACUCUUCCUGUUACAGUGGCUGCUGCUGAAAGAAGCUUCUCAAAGCUCAAACUGGUCAAAACUUACAUGAGAGCUUCUAUGGGACAAGAACGUCUCAGUGGACUAUCCAUCAUAAGCAUCAACCAUGUGGUCUCAAAACAGCUGUCUUAUGAUGAUGUCAUAGAUCAUUUUGCUUCAAGAAAGGCAAGGAGAGUCAGGCUAAGGUCAACCAGAGGCUGCUCACAUGUCCUGCUGCUCAGUGCCCAUCAGAAUGAGAGCAGCCGCUCAGGGAACCGGUCAUCAGGCCCGGGAGAUGGAGCCAACAAUUGA